CAAAAAAAGAUCCAUUUGUUUAGAAUCUACGGAGUUGCAGAGCCAAAAUGCGAUCAUAAUACUCAAUCCUUUCUCGAUCGUACUCUUAUUAAUUCUUGUUGUUCCUCAGCCGUCGACGGCGCCGAUUCACCGGCGGUCAGCUUCGGAUAAUGAUGUCACCAGGGCCGAUGUCUGAGGAUCGAGGAUCUUCGCCUCGUUUCAGACAUACACCGUUGCAGAUAAUCCACAUGGUUGGAAAUUUCUUUCGGAUAUGGUCGAUCUAUUCCAUGUAUCGAUAUUUUUCUCAGACUGGAGCUUCUGUUGUACUUUUUCUGUUUUGUUGUUUGGCCCCAGCAGCCAUCAUAUUCUUGACUUUGCAAAAACCUUGGAAGGGAAAGCCCCUUUCAAAUACUCAGGUAGUUCCUUCUGUGAUAAAUGGUGGCAUAACAGCCUUGUACUUUAUCUUGUGGGGAAAGGGUCUUAAAACCUGUGGACCUCUGAGGGCUAUACUUGCCGAGUAUUCUGGUGCUGUCCUGGGAGUGCUUUCUGCUGUUUUGUACGGUCGGAGAGGCUUUGUUUGGAAAAAGGUUGGUGGCCUCAUUGCCAUGUUGGUAUCUUUCUACUUUUUAUCACAAGGAUGGGCCAUGGCCACACAUUUUCCCUUUUCUUCGAAAGAUGGCUCUGACUCUAAGGAUCAGACAGAACAGGACCAAACAGAACUAGUGUUGGGUUCGAUGGAAAUGGCAAUUCCCAUUUUUGCUGGAAUUUUAUCAGCUUUGAGAAGGGUCAUUGCUCGACGCGUUUCACUUAAGAACCAACUUAAAAGACGACUUCAUGCUAUAACAAUGGCUUCUGCGACUUGUUUUCUCUUUCCUUUAGCCAUGUGGGACAUGAUUAUUGGAUCAACUUUGUCAUCUGAUACCAGACGAGAGCUUCCUUUCUCCACCUGGGCAUUUUUAAGCACUAUAAUUUUUGGUGUUAUUCUGAUAUUUUACGUUGACAGCAUUGCUGAAGAAAGAUUGCACGUGGUUUUUUCUUCUCCAAGACAUUUGGUGGUGGCUGGUGGAAGCAUCAUUCUUCUGGAGACUGUAUACAAGAUGGAUUUUUCUCUAAUCGGCUUUAUUAUCUGCUGCUCAAUUUUGGGUUUUGGGAUAUAUGAAGCAACUUCUUUAGACCGCAGCCGAAAAGAUUCUUCUCACAAUCACGAUACAUCAAACGGACUGUUGGACCGAGAUCAGAUGUCACCACUUCCAACUUGAUAUAUGUAUGUUCAUAUCACGCUUAGUAAUCAGAAGAUGGUGGUUCAUUGUUACAACUGGAAAAUUUUGUCAUGCAAAUGGACCCAUUGGCCUCAAGCAGCCACAUUUUUUUGCUGAAAAGUACGUAGCAUUGUAUCCUUAGCCUCAAAUUUAUGUGUUUUUAUCGCUAAUUUGUACUUCAAAAUGAUCUGAUCUGAGAGCAAUGAUAAUUUUCAUAUGGUGCAAUUUCUUUGUAAUUAUUGUUUAAGAAAUUUCUUUUUGCUG